GGACAAUGAAGAGACGCGCCUUCCAAAUGCGGCAGUGACAAGUGCUGAUAGGGGCGUGUGAACGUGGUCGUGCUGGGAUGAACGUCGAUGGCAACCUCGAGGUUGUUAACGGAGACCAUGGACUCAUCCUCAGCUUACCCCCGCGACAAUCAGCAACAAUACUACCGCGCAGACCUUCAACCGCAAUCGGGACAGUUAGAUCCCGCGCAGACGCGCGACGAGUCCCCCGCGCCUGAACCGCAGGACUCGCUCCCGAAGCCGCUGCUGCCCGAGAUAUCGUCCUCCUCUGAUUUUGGCGUGGAUCUCGCGUCUAUCAUUGGCACACCACCCUCCGAAGAGACGGACAGGGUGUCGAAGCGCGCGUCCAACGUGCUCAAGCUCGCGGAGGAGAACGACAAGCUAAACGAACAACUGAAGGCGAUGACGGAGCGGCUGGAGGCGGCGGAGCGGCGACGUGCCGAGCUGGCGAAGAAGGCGCAGCAGCAGCAGCAGCGGACGCGGGAGGCCUAGCUAGUCUGAGCGCGCCAGGCGCGCGCUGGCCGCCCUGCAUCUGCAUUGGCAUUGACAUAUCGCUGGAUUACUGGUGGGACUACCCUAACAAUUGUAUUUUAUUCGCAUUCCCAUGCCGAGAACGAAAUCGAUACCCUCAAACGGAUCUGGAGCUAUCUGGAGACAUCGCGCGGGGCGAGGGGGCGCCACCGUCGCGUCGUGGCUGCAGCGCGUCGGCAGCGCCGCGAGCACCGUGCGCGGGCGCC